AUGAUUAAGAAAAAAGCAAAUAAAACAAAGUUAAACAAAGGCAUUCUUAUUCGAAUUAAUGGACCGGUGUUGGAUGUGCGUUUUGCUGAUUAUUUACUACCUGAUUUAUAUAGUACUUUAAAAGUUCAAAAUGGAGAUCAAGAUUUAAUUAUGGAAGUAGUUCAACAAAUUGGAAAUAAUGUAGUUCGUUGUUUAGCUAUGGAAAGUGUGACGGGAUUACAAAGAGGAGCUGAAGUAUAUGAUUUAGAUCGGCAAAUUUCCGUUCCUGUUGGAAAACUCACAUUAGGCCGAAUGUUUGAUGUUUUAGGAAGACCGAUUGACGGCAAACCAGCCUUAAAAAAUUCUAAAUUGUUGCCAAUUCAUCAAAAACCCCUGUUAAUGAAACAACAAAAACCGGCCACUCAAUUAUUGGAAACCGGCAUUAAAAUUAUUGAUUUAUUAACUCCUUUCGCAAAAGGCGGAAAAAUCGGUUUAUUUGGAGGAGCUGGAGUAGGAAAAACGGUUUUAGUUCAAGAAUUUAUUAAUAAUAUCGCGACUCAACACAAAGGUAUUUCUGUUUUUGCUGGUGUUGGCGAACGAAGUCGAGAAGGCAACGAUUUAUAUAAUGAAAUGAUUGAAACCGGAGUUUUAUCUAAAACUAUUUUAGUUUUUGGACAAAUGAAUGAACCUCCUGGACCUCGAAUGAGAGUAGCUUUAAGUGCUUUGACGAUGGCGGAAUAUUUUCGGGAUACAGAAAAAAAAGAUGUAUUACUAUUUAUUGAUAAUGUUUUUCGUUUUGUUCAAGCGGGUAGCGAAGUAUCUACAUUGCUUGGUCGAAGUCCAUCCGCGGUGGGUUAUCAACCGACUUUGGAAUCCGAAAUUGGACAGUUACAAGAACGAAUUGCUCCGGCUCUUAAUGGUUCAAUCACUUCCGUACAGGCGAUCUAUGUCCCGGCGGAUGAUAUUACGGAUCCGGCCCCGGCAGCAAUUUUAUCUCAUUUGGACUCGCGAAUUAUUUUGGACCGAGAAAUUGCCGCUCUUGGUAUAUAUCCGGCAAUUAAUCCUCUAUCCUCAUCAUCUCGCAUGCUUCGCCCGGAAAUUGUAGGCGAAAAACAUUAUGAAAUAGCACAACGAGUAAAGGAACAUUUACAGAGAUUUGAAGAUUUGAAAGAUAUUAUUGCAAUUUUAGGUUUUGAUGAGUUAAGUGAAGAGGAUAAACAAAAAGUAAAUCGUGCCCGAAAACUAAGAAAUUUUAUGUCACAAUCUUUUUUUGUCGCGGAAAAAUUUACCAAUCAAAAAGGUGUUUAUUGUUCAACUGCCCAAGUAGUGGAAGAUUGUGAAAGAAUUUUAAAUGGAGAAUUUGAUGCUUAUUCAGAACAGGAUUUUUUUUACUUAAAUUCUUUAUCGGAUCUGAAGAAAUCCAAAACAAGUACAAACUCAACGAAAUAA